GCCAAUAUCAAUCGUCCCCUGCAAGUCAAUGAUCCCUCGAUCCUGGCUCUUGCAUCGACACGAGGUGGUGUGUUCAUGCGGAGUUAAGAGAGGUGCAGGGAGACCAAAGAAAGCAUGGCGUGCGAGAAGCAUCUAACACCCAAAGAAUAUAAAUAUCAGGUCUAGAACGGAUUUUUGAAGCAAUACAAAUAUCUUCUAUCUCAUUAGAUCAGCAUCUUUCAGGCUCACUAUAUACAUCCAUUUUUUCAUCGUGUAAAUUCAUUUGCCAUGGCUCAAAAGAACCACGUUGAGAACAUCGCCAUUGUCGGUGCCGGCGGCCAGAUCGGCAAGUUUAUCGUCGAUGCUUUGCUGCAAAAAGGCAAAUUCAAGGUCACUGCCAUCUCUCGUCAAGACAGCACCAACACUCCCGCACCUGGCGUCCAAAUCGCCCGGGUGGAUUACGACCAGCAUGAAUCGCUAGUAAAGGCUUUGGAGGGCCAGGAUGUCCUCUUGAUCACCAUGUCUGUGGGGGCCCCGCCAGAUCAGCAAGCAAAGCUCGUUCGGGCCGCUGCUGAUGCGGGUGUGCCCUGGGUCCUCCCAAAUGAGUUUGGAAAUGACAGAUCAAGCGAGCAGGCCGGGCGAGAUGCAUUGAUCGGUCCGCCCAAGGCAGCAGUGCGAAACUUGAUUGAAAGUCUCGGGAAGAGCAAGUGGAUUGGGAUUGCCUGCUCGUUCUGGUACGAGUACAGUUUAUCCUGGUCGCAUUUCUAUGGGUUCGACAUCCAGAAAAGGCAUGUCCUUUGGUACGAUGAUGGUCUGCAAAAGAUCAAUACAUCUACUUGGCCCCAGACAGGAAGAGGAGUGGCUGAGCUUUUGAGUUUGCCAAUCUCUAAGACUGAAGAUGGCAGUGAGUCUGCAACAUUGUCAGAUUACGCGAAUGACUUCGUGCGCAUCUCGUCUUUCGCCGUCAAUCAGCGAGACAUGUUCGAAUCACUCAAACGUGUCACGAAAACUACGGAUUCCGACUGGACUUUCGACUCAGUUCCAGCAAAGCAGAUCUUCGAAGAAAGCGUCCAACAGAUGGAAAAGGGCAAUCAUUCGGCUUUUGGUCGAAGACUGUAUUCCCGCUUCUUCUUCCCGGGUGAGAAUGCUGGCUUGUAUGAGGUCACGAGCGGCUUAGACAAUGAGAAGCUAGGGUUACCGAAGGAAGACUUGGAUGAGUUCACCAAGAAGAGUGUGGAGCUUGCAGAGUCUAAUUACGUGGGCAAGUUAUUUGGCAUGUAAAUACCGACAUCUAGAGGUCAGAAGAAAUUUAUGUAUAAACAGCCUAUAGUAACAUUAGUAGCGUCGUUAUCUUUCGCAGACUUCUAAAAAAGGUUGUUGUACGAGUAUAAAAGAAGACGGCUUGAUAGAACCAUGUGUAGCAAUUCAUUCAUCCACAACAUGAUGACUUAUAUCCAAAAGCUGCAUGCUAACACAAUCCAAAUAAAACUCCAAGCGCAA